UAGACAUCAGUCAGACGCACCAGUGGGGUUUAAUAAGGCAGAACGGAAGAUUCCUUUGGGUUAGUGCAGCGUCAUCAUUGCCACCUCCUUGGUGUUUGUGUCGAUAGGACAGUGCUUUCCAGAGCCGUCAUUAAUCAGGCAAGAUGAUGAACAACUAAGAGCCAUGCGAUUACCGUAAGCCCUGUAAAGAAAUGCAAUGUCAUAUAAGGAAACAAAAAGUAAUAUCAGUCUAAUUAUUGUUUAAAUCCGACCAAUAGGCCAUGUUACUUUCAAUAGCUAUGUUCUAGCCUAAGUUAUAAUUUAUCCAAACAGCCUACUCACCGCGGAGGUGAACGUUAGGUCUGUUUUAUGGGUGAAACUUUGUGUGAACAUGCCAAAGGGUCAAAGGGUGACUUCAACAGCGGAGUUCCCCUCGGCUAUAUUUAGAGCAGGACAACCGCUCGCAGUCUAGGCAUACCAAAGCCGCAGUGCAGGCGUGAAAUCGAUGCAUGUAGCCUACAGAUGAACCAUAGUGCAUACAAACCUUAAAGAAAUAACGCUGAUUACAACUAUUCAAUUGGACUUUGGAUCGUUCAGCUUUUUGUAUGAAAGAGCCAGUAGAGGCAACUUUGUUGUUUAAUUGUUGUCAAAUGCACCCGAGAUUGAUGACUAUUAAUGUAAUAUGAUAGGGUUUUGCUCUUCAUAUUUGCAAUGAGAUCGAAGUUAACGUAGCCCUAUAACUCCAAAUUGAAAUGAGUGUUUAUUAUGUUAAAUAUUUAAUAGGUCUAACGUAUUCCUAUUAUUAUUAAUGGUAUUAUAGUUGUUGUUAUAAUAACUAAUCAUUAUAAUAUUAUUAUAAUAAUAAUUGUUAUAUCUAUUUGACUUAUUCACUCAUAUAAGACAGUGUACUGUGUAACCCAGGCUCGAUGUAGGUCUUAUUUACAUUUGGAUUGUGAGCACGUGAACGCCUAUAGUCUCUUUGUCCACGGCUGGUACCCCUCCGCGCGUCGCUGGUUACGACGCUCAGGCGGCUGCAGGAGCAUCUCCUCUCCUCAUUGUAAAGGCGCCACUGAAAGAAGAUACAAAUCUGCCAUAUCAUAUUGCAUCUUACACGGGGGGACGUCACAAGACGCGAGGCCAACUUCUGCCUAUUCGAAAUGGGCAGUUUGGUGGUGGGCACUGAAACACACACACGCGCGCGCAAGCGAGCGUACACAAGCCCUCGUAGCCGUAGACUCCCGUAGCCACGCAACCGCCGCUCACGUAAAAGAGGAGAGAAUGCAUCUUUCUUUUAAGGGUGUGUGUCUCAGUGUUUCCCCCUCGAGUUCCUGCCUUGGGGCGAUGCCAUGGUGGUUUCUUUCAGAGGAAGGCGGUUUUAUAAUUUCUUAGUGGUUUUUAGGGGUUGGUCAGUAGCAUCGCUGGUGCUGAGGAGACCCAUGUGUGGUUGUUCGCUGUCAAUACAAACAUGUCCCCGGCAUCCGAGGCAUCCGCGGCCAGCGAGAGCAGCAACACCGACACAGUCCCCGAGGAAGAACCCACGGCGGAAAACCCACGAGAGGAGCAGUGGCCCGUGAAGCAGUCUCUCGCCAAGUCCUUCUGCCGCGAGAGCCACUGGAAGUGCCUGCUGCUGUCGGCGCUGAUCUACGGCUGCGUGGGCACGGUGGCGUGGUGCAAGGGCCGCCCGCCGCUGCUCUACGACCCCAGCCCCUGCUCCCACGGCUACCUCUCCAUCCCCCUGGCCUUCCUGCUUAUGCUCUACGUGGUGUACCUGGUGGAGUGCUGGCACUGCCACGCCCGCGACCACCUUCAGUACCGCGCCGACGCCGACAGCGCCGGCCAGCGCGUGCUCCGCAUGCAGCGGGCCACGCCCUGCGUCUGGUGGAAGGCCAUCAGCUACCACUACGUCCGCCGCACGCGCCAGGUCAUGCGCUACCGCAACGGCGACGCCUACACCACCACGCAGGUGUACCACGAGCGGGUCAACACGCACGUGGCCGAGGCCGAGUUCGACUAUGGCGACUGCGGCGUGAGGGACGUGUCCAAGAGCCUGCUGGGGCUGCGGGGCGUGGCCGCCGCCCGGCUGCGCUUCACCAAGUGCUUCAGCUUCGCCAACGUGGCGUCGGAGAACUCGUACCUGACGCAGCGCGGCUGCUUCUUCGCCGACAACGAGGGCCUGGACGACUACUUGGAGGCCCGCGAGGGCAUGCACCUGAGGAACGUGGACUUCAAGGAGCACAUGCUGGUGUUGUCCGACCCCGACCGGCCGCCCUGGUACGCGGCCAGCGCCACCUUCUGGGCGGCGGCCGCCUGCACCCUGUCCUGGCCGCUGCGCGUGCUGACGGAGCACCGCACCGCAAGCGUCCACUACCACGUGGAGAAGCUGUUUGGCUUGGACUCGGCCGGAGCGGGGGCGACGCCGCCCUCGGACGCCGGGGAGUGGCCGUUGGGUCGCGGCGUCCCCCGGGUCAACACGGUGGACAGCACGGAGCUGGAGUGGCACAUCCGCUCCAACCAGGGGCUGGUGCCCAGCUACUCGGAGGCCAUCCUUAUGGACCUGGCCCAGCUGUCGGGGAGCCGCGACAGCUACUCGGCGUGCGACGGCGGCGGCGACGGCGGAAACAACAGCAGAAGAGGCUCCCGGCACAACUGCGACCGCUGCCACCGCGCCGUCAGCAGCUCGUCCAUCUUCUCGCGCAGCGCGCUGAGCGUGUGCACCCGGGCCAGCCCGCGCCUCCCCUGCAGCGCCAGCCGCUUCUCCCUGGGCCGCCUGUACGGCUCGCGGCCCAGCUGCCUGGGGCUGAGCAGCGGCAGCCUGGAGGAGCCGCGGCCCGGCGGAAGCCUGCGCUGUCUUUGCGACGCGCAGCGGCGGGGAUGCGGCGGCGGCGGCGGCGUGACCGACGAGGCCGCACCACCCCCGGACUACCAGGACGCCCUGUGCUUCCCCGUGCUCAUCGUGCACCGCGGGGAGGGUUGCCCGGGGCACGAGCAGCACGCCCUAAACAGGAACGGCUCCUGCGUAGAGACCUCCAUUUGACCCCAAUGCCCCAACCCCCUCUGCUGCUUACUGCCCCGUCCCGCUGAGCAAAGGAACAAAGGGAUGGCGAGCUAGCUCGUAUUGUUUUUAUACCUAGCUUGCCUUUCCCCUUUCAGCCAAUACAGGGUGAGGAAGGCCCCACUGGACUGGGCCUGGAUGGACCUGCAGAUCUCCCAUGUAUUUGGUUUACUCCAAUGUUUGUUUAAUUCCAAAGCGGUUAUGAAGGACAUAAGGGUCGUUGCAGCAGCACAGCAGUACAGUACACGAAUGAGUCAGCUUUACAUUGUAGUUAUGAUGCUCUGAGAAGGGCUGCGAUCUACUCCAUAUUGUAAAUAGAGCACAGCUUCUCGUCCGUCUUAAGUUUGAGUAACCAAAGUGACCUGCGACCUCUGUCUAGUGAUGUCAAGCAUCAAAUCAUGAAUCAAUAGCUACAAUGUUUAGUAUUGUUUUUCAUUUGAGUCAUUUCAGUCACUCAAGUGUAAGUCCUUAUAAUAAUUAAUUCAUUAUAAUAAAACAUUUAUAGUUCCAAAGUCAUUGAAAGAUUGAGCUGUUUGUAUAUGGUGUCUUGUUCCGCAAAAAGGAUUAAAAAAGGAACUUAACAAUAGCACCCGAUACUGUAUUCAGACAUUAAUUCAAUAUCAAUUAGACGACAGUGACACGAUACUUCCUGAAUUCUAAAUAUAGCAACCUAAUCAAUUACUGAUUGAGUAGAAGGGAGUGGAGAUAAAAGAAAAGGCGACACACCAAAAAUCGUAUCAACACAAAAAAAUGUAGACAAAUACCCUUUAUCCAACAGUGAUGCAUCAACCCAAGGCCUCAUCACAAACGACUAAAUGUAUUGUUUUGACAGGCGCCAUUGAACUUCAUAUUUGGAAAUAUUUAUAAUAUUGCAGUUUACCUCUUUGUUUAAGUAUCUAACAGCCAUCCCUAAAAGAUUCUUGUCGAUUAAUUUCUAAUAAUAAUCCAUUAUCAACUUAUUAAUAUUAAGAGCUAGAACAGCUUCCAACGUAUAGACACUGGGCAACAAGAACCAGAUUCUUGAAAAAUAACCAUAUAAACUCAGUGUCUGCUGAUCAGAGAGAUGGAGAGAGAGAGAGAUAGAGCGAGAGGGAGAGAGAGAGAGAGAGAGAGAGAGAGGGAGAGAGAGAGAGAGAGAGAGAGAGAGAGCCUGACAAAGAGAGUCAUCCAUCAAAGAACCUGGGAUUGACACUCCAGCAUUACCCAAAUAAAAUAAAACCAGACCAGACAUCCUUAUCUGUAACAAACAAGAAACAAACUAAAUAUGUAUGCCUUGGGUGUAUUAUACAGUUCAUUUAAUUCUCCGAACCCUGGGUCCUACUUAUUUUAAAUCAGUGACCUGUAUAACAUUGUAUGUAUAAAAAAAGGAGCCUGGAUAAGCUGGCUCACUCAUCUUGCAGUCAGAGGGUUUGCAGUCAUUCGAGGUUACCCUGUCACAAUUGCCCAUGAUCCUAACAAAGGAAAAAGGCUUUAAGUUAAAGGUCAGUCUGAAACUAUGGACUUAAUGUCCGCAUUUUCCUCUUCACUCAUCGGGCUUGCCUCUGUGAUAAGAGCCUAGUGAAUAACAGCAGCCCCCAAAAUCUCCCGACUACCGUAAUAUACAGUUGAUCCUGGACUAUCUGACAUCAAGUCUCUCGAUAACUCUCUCACUCUCUUUUAUUAUAAUUACGAAUUAUUUUGCAACAACAGUGAUAUGGUUAUAUGACAAGCCAACAUAAAUGUUUACUGUAAGCUGAUAUUCGGGUGGAGUUCAUGUUACAACUGAAGGUGUCCAAAGUGAAACCAUUCGAUGUGUAGAUGACCCAGACAUGCAAAGCUACCCCUAAGUAGUUCCUUUUUGGCGGAAAACCCCCUUGCUUUAUAACAUAACCUAGCAGCAUGAUCUGUAGCUCUGGAGCUGCUUUUUUAUACGAGAAAUAAGGAAGUCCGAUUAGAACAAUUGUACCUGGUGUACAAGCUGAAUGUUGAUGACGAAUUAUAAACAAGUUUCAAACCAGUUUGUAUCAUCAAUAUAUUGUGAAGCUGGAGUCUGAAAAGUGAUAACUAAAUGUGUAGUUUUUUAACAGGGCACAUAUGUAUUAUAGAAAACUAGCAUCUGGAUGUUUUUCUUUUGUUUAUGUGCUUUUAUGUAGCUUAAACAAAUUUUAUAUGCAUUGUAAAUUCAUUUUGAUACAGACUUACCUCAAAAUGAUCAUGAAACAUCUUGCCUGUUGCGAUACACACAAUCGAAAGCCUUCCUUUUUGCUUGUUGCUGCACAGUAAAGGAUGUCACUGUUCUACAGCAGGUCAGUUACAUUUCGAGACAUAUGUCUACACUGCCACCAUGUCUACUGUACAUUCCCUCUGAUAUCAGGCAAGGGUCAUGGCUCAAAUCGGGACACUCAAAUAAAAUAAAACCACCCCAUACAAAUGA